AUGCUUGCUUCACCUCUACAACCUCAUGAUGUUUCCUUGUCACACUUCACAAAGCCACAAACUAAACAGAGCGCUCCCACUGAAAUGUCUCCUCGUGAGAUUGCUCAAUCAUGGCUAGACCGCUUCUCGGCUGUCCUCUCCUCUGGUGAUGCUUCCCGUCUAUCUACCGUCUUGCAUCAAGACAGCUGGUGGCGUGACCACGUAGCCCUGUCCUGGGAUCUCCGUACCCUCCACGGUCUCCCUGCCAUAACAUCCUUUCUAUCACCCAUCCUCUCGUCCGUGAACCUACAUCCAUUGUGCUUGGCUUCAGACAAUGAAGCAUACCCUCCUUCCCUCGUCAACCCUCUCCCAGAACUCGAUUGGAUCCAGUCAAUCUUCACUCUCGAGACCAGCACAGGCAGAGGUCGUGGUUUCCUCCGUUUAGCCCAAGCCGAGGAUGGAGACUGGAAAGCUCACAUGCUGUACACCGCCCUCGACGAAAUCAAAGGCCACGAGGAAACUACCGGCGCACGCCGCUCCCACGGAGGCCAAAACUCGUCUCUGGGUGGCAACUGGUUUGAGCGCAGACAAAAGACCUACGACUUUACUGAUGAAGAACCUACUGCGCUGAUCAUUGGAGCAGGCCAAGCUGGCCUCAAUCUCGCUGCCAGACUGCAAGCGCUAGGUCUUUCUACGCUGAUCGUGGACAGACAGACUCGUGUGGGAGACAACUGGCGCUCUCGCUACCGUACCUUGGUGACCCAUGACCCUGUGACCUAUGCACACAUGUCCUAUCUCCCUUUCCCGUCCAACUGGCCCCUCUACACGCCCAAAGACAAACUCGGAGAUUGGUUCGAGGCAUAUGCCAGUCUGAUGGAACUAAACAUCUGGCUCUCCACCUCCGUAACCUCAGCAUCCUAUUCACCCUCCUCCAAGCGCUGGACCGUAGCCCUCNAAAAGGCAGACGGGAGCACCAGAACCUUGCACCCCUCCCAAUUAAUCCUCGCCACAGGCCACAGCGGCGAACCACGCAUCCCUUCCUUCCCAGGCCAAGACUCCUUCAACGGAACCAUCUACCACGGCAGCACCCACAAAGACGCCACUCCCUCUUCAGCGCAAGGCAAGAAGAUCCUCGUCGUCGGCACCGGCAACAGCGGCCACGACAUUGCCCAAAACUAUCAUGAAGCCGGUGCCGCCUCAGUAACCAUGCUACAACGCAGCGGCACCUAUGUCCUCCAAGCCGAAAAAGGAGGCCAUAUGUUACACGCAGGAACCUAUGAUGAAACCGGUCCUCCGACCUCAGCCGCAGACAUCUAUUCCCAAUCCCUACCUCUGCCCGUCCAAUUCGCCCUCGGCAGAAAUCUCACUGCAGCAAUCAAAGAAGCCGAAGCCGAAAAUCUCCAAGGAUUGGAAAAAGCAGGAUUCAAAGUCGACUUUGGACAUGAUGGAUCAGGUCUCUUCAGAAAAUACAUGACCAAAGGUGGCGGCUACUACAUUGAUGUAGGUUGCAGCUCGCUCAUAACCUCCGGCGCUGUAAAAGUCGUCCGCUGCGAACAGGGCAUCAGCCAUUUGUCCUCUGAUGGCGUCCACCUCGCAGACGGCAACUUUGUCGCUGCUGAUGUGGUGGUGCUCGCGACCGGCUACGACAACAUGCGUACUUCCUGCCGCAAAAUCCUCGGUGACGAAAUUGCUGACCAUGUCUCUGAUGUUUGGGAUUUGGAUGACGAGGGAGAGUUGAAUGGAGUAANNAUGUGGCGACCCUCCGGCCACCCCUCUGGAAAAUUCUGGUACAUGGGAGGAAACCUCGCGCUCUGCCGUAUCUACAGCAAGUUCCUGGGUUUGCAGAUUAAAGCCAUCGAAGCUGGUGUGCAUGAGAUAUAA